AUGGCAGGUGAAGCAGUUUCGGAACACACACCAGAUUCGCAGGAAGUAACAGUAACUAGCGUAGUUUGUUGCCUCGAUUCUGUGGUGGAAAUAGGACACCAUGUCGUGUAUUCUGUGGUAACGCCGUUAAUAGUAGCAGUGCUUAUAGAUACAAUGGCUGGAGAAGCAGUCUUAGAGCAUACGUCAGAUUCACAAGAAGAAAUUGUAACUACUGUGGUUUGCUCUGUUGUCCCCUUGGUUUGCUUUGUUGUCUCCGUAGUUUGCUUUGUUAUCUCUGUGGUAGAAAUAGGGCACCAUGUGGUAUACUCUGUUGUGGCACCGCUAACAGUAACGGUGGCCGUGGAAACAAUUGCAGAGGAGAUGGAUUCAGUGCACACAUGA